AUGCUGGCGCUGCCCCGCGCAGCACCGGGUUCCAGCGGGCUGGUGGCGGCGGUGGGGACUCAGGGGGGGCCCCCCGGCGUCCCUUCCCCUUCCCUCCCUCCGCGGCGGGCGGCCCUGGAGGAUUUUCUCCCGCCGCGGCCCCCUCGCUGCCCCCCAGACAUGGUAGGUCACCUCCAGCUGCAAGGGAUGGACGAGAGCCUGAAGGAGAAGAGCCGGGAAGGCUUGCUGGACAGCCCGGACUCGGGGCUGCCCCCCAGCCCCAGCCCCCCCUUCUACUCGCUGUCGCCCGGUGAGGGCCGGGCAGGGGGCAGCGGCGGUGCGGACCCCCCGGCCCCGGGGCACCGGCGAGAGGCCAAGGACGGCAGAGUGAUGCCUUACCUGCUCCUGAACCCGUCCAUGCCAGAGAUAAGGCCUCGAAUGCACCCUGUGUUUUUUGGAGAAAGCAUUGAGGUCAGCCCCGAGCCCGUGCAGGAAAUCAGGUGCAAUUCCGAGGUGAAGUACGACUCCGAGAAGCAUUACCGGGACGACAUUUUCUACGGCCCCAUCCCCACCGUCACCACCUACAGCGAGACGAUCAUCGCUGCUCCCAACUGCACCUGGCGGAACUACAAGUCCCAGCUGAUCUUCGAGCCCCGCCAGAAGCCGCUGAGGUUUCAGAGCACGACCAUCAUCUUCCCCAAGCGCGCCAAGAACAUUUACCGGACCACCCUCAACUACAGCUUGGGUUGUGCCAAGCGUUGGUUCGCUUCCAGCGUGCAGCUGGAGCUCUGCGAGGAAAGCAGCCCGUGCGCCGUCUACAGCGAGACCCUCUGACCCGCCCCGGCAACCGCGCGACCGCUGGGAGGCCGCAGCCCUCGCUGGGUCCCUGGCUGGGCCUUCGUGGAUGGCGACGGAACAUCAGUGCCUGGGGAACACCUCGUCGUGGGUGAGGCUGAACUGGCUGGGGGGAGGAGGCUUGCAGGGCACAGGAUGGUUUCGAUCAGUGAGAGGGGCUGGCUGGUAUUUUGCGACAUUCCUGACGUUCGCGAUCUGGAUUUCGGUGUUUUUUUGGUUUUCGUUUUGUUUUGUUUUUUUUUUCCCGAGCAUAUCUAUUUUUGACUUGUGUUUAGAUGAAAUCAAGAUGACCAAGGACCCUGUUACCCGUAGCAGGGCCCAGUGAGCUCUGUAGGUCUCGUCUAGCACAUAGAUGAGAGUCACUGUAACAUUCUGAGCUAUUUUGAUCUCUGCAAAGGGAAGACCAACUGCGGAGUCAGCGUCUGGUGAGCCCGGCAUACACCAGGCCAGGUCUCAGAGCUGGAGUGCAGAGGAGGCUGUUAUUAAUACACCACAGCUUGCUCCAGCAGCUCAUCCGAGAGGGAGCUGCAGUGUUACACCACUGCAGUCACCUCAGCCCUAACUUCCUGGGAGGAGUGGGCACUGUCACCCCAAGAAAAAGGAGAAAAACAGGCGCCCGGUGCUCUUGUGGGCAGCUUGGAGGUUUGUGUGCCAUGGCAAGGCACAGCACAGCCAGGGGCGGGAGAAAGGCCUGCCCUGACCCAGCCACGUCUUCUGUGAGCUCAGUCAAGAGUAAGCAGCAGAAAUCGAGGGAGCUGAAUAGCUGAAGGGCUGGUUUCUAAAACUGAGCAAGUGAUUUGGGAGCCCUUUUUCAGAAGUUUUGUCAGACCAAGUGUGCUGUGCUGUUCACUGCCUCAACACCCAGUUUACAGGGAUCUUUAAGCACUUGCAACCCUUCUGAGUUUUGGGGAAUGGCACUAUUGCAGGGAAGAGCAUAGGGCAGGAAGAUGCUCUCUGGCUUCCAAGAAGCCCAGGGCAGGGUUAACUCACCCUCUCCGUAGUUUCCAUACUUGUGGCAUAGACAGCUUUGCUGACUGUGGAAGAGCAGCCAAACUUUCUGUGUAGAGCUUGAAGAGCCCAAAUCAGUCCAGGUUUUUCUAAAUCAUCCAGGCUGUAGCAAUUCAAUAGGUAGUUCACAAACAGCUGAGCUGUCUCUGCAAAAAGGACCAAGAGGCACUGAGUGAGCAGGAGUCAGUACAGCCAUCCUGAGGUAAACCAUUCCCCACUCACGAAUCCCAUUUCCUGGUAUCCCUUCACUUUGCUAGCUUGCUGAAAAUCUGCGAGAGCCUGGAUUCCCACAAACAUAUAACUUUCGAAAAUAGCACGGAAUUGUCUCCAAAAAUCCUACCAAGAAUUCUUGCAUGCUGCUCAGACUUAGAAAAUAACCACACAGCUCCGGAAAUUAAUUUCCAGCUUUCCCUCUUCUAAACUUUCCAUUUUGUUCCUGACUUGCUGUGAGCCUGAUGGAGUUAUUUCAGAACACAGCUGAGCAGCCAAGUCAGAAAGCCUAUUAACAAUGUCAACAAGACGUAGCUGAUUGCCCAGAACAGUUGACGCACAAACCCACAGAGAUUAAAAUUAAAAAAAAGUCUGAAAAACUUGAAAAAAUAAUAAAAGUAAAUAGUGACUUAUAAAGAUACUCUUUCCAUAAGCUUCAAAAAGCAACUGGUAAAUGUGACCAGAACUGUGACCUUUAUGAAACAGAGUUCUCUUGUUUAAAGUGAAGCACAGUUUUUCCACCAGAGGUAAAUAUAAAGUCUUUAUAUGCAAACUU